GACAUUGUCUCGCAGGAACCAAUCACGAUCGAAGACCGUUUUUCUCACCUCGGUUUUUGGUAUUCCUCUGACGUACGUAACUUUAGGUGGUGGAGGUUCAUUUUUUUUCUUGCAAAAUUCUUUAAAAUAAUGGCAGCCCAGUGGAUACGAACCGCAGUUCCGAAAAUUGGCAGUGUCCGUCUCUACAGCAGUAAAGUUCACAAAUGUACUCUGAUUCCUGGGGAUGGUAUCGGACCGGAAAUCUCUGCCGCUGUCCAAAAGAUUUUCGAUGCUGCCAAGGUGCCGAUAGAAUGGGAAUCUGUCGAUGUAACACCGGUAAAAGGUCCUGAUGGUAAAUUUGGUAUUCCACAAGCUGCCAUUGAUUCAGUUAAUAGGAAUAAAAUUGGUUUGAAAGGUCCUUUGAUGACACCAAUUGGAAAGGGACACAGAUCUUUGAAUCUUGCUCUGAGAAAAGAAUUCAACUUGUAUGCCAACGUUCGACCCUGUCGCUCCCUAGAAGGUUACAAAACGCUGUAUGAUAAUGUCGAUGUUGUUACAAUCAGAGAAAAUACAGAAGGAGAGUACUCUGGUAUUGAACACGAAAUUGUCGAGGGAGUUGUACAGUCUAUUAAGCUGAUUACAGAAGAAGCUUCUAGUAGAGUAGCAGAAUUUGCUUUCCAAUAUGCUCAGGAUAAUAAUAGGAAAAAGGUAACUGCUGUACACAAAGCUAACAUUAUGAGAAUGUCAGACGGUUUGUUCUUGAGGUGCUGUCGUGAUGCUGCUCAAAAAUUCCCUAAUAUUAAGUUUGAAGAAAGAUACUUGGACACAGUUUGUUUAAACAUGGUCCAAGAUCCCAGCCAAUAUGACGUACUUGUAAUGCCCAAUUUGUACGGUGACAUUCUGUCCGAUAUGUGUGCUGGUCUCGUAGGAGGACUUGGUCUCACACCCAGUGGAAAUAUCGGCUUGAAUGGUGCUUUGUUCGAAUCUGUGCACGGAACUGCUCCCGAUAUUGCAGGCCAGGACAAAGCUAAUCCUACCGCGUUAUUGCUCUCUGCUGUAAUGAUGCUCAAAUAUAUGGGUUUGAAUAAAUACGGGAACAUCAUCGAAAAGGCUGCUUACGAAACUAUUAAAGAAGGUAAAUCACUGACCGGCGAUCUUGGUGGAACGGCGAAGUGCAGCGAUUACACCAAUGAAAUCUGCAAAAAGGUUGCAGCCAUGUCGAAGUAAAAUAACUCAAAGUUUAUGAAAAAUAAACUGCCAAAUACUCGUAGAAAUGUUGCGCAUGAGUAAUCUUGUAUUCGACCGUCUCUGUAAUUACUGUUUUCUAAAAGCAUUCUCAGCGUACAUAUUCAGGGUAGGUCUGCAAUUUAAUUGACCGUAUUUCGAGUAUUAUACGAGUUGUAGAAAAAAGUGUCUUGAUCAUUGUUUACACACAAACACACAUUUAGAUAAUUUUUUCCAAGUACUUGUUUAUCUAGUUUAUCGUAAUAUAAUGUUACUUGACUUCGUGGAGUUUGCUAACAGUGUAAUGGCAUUUAAUAUUAUUUUAUUGGUAUCGUAUCGAACACACACGCAGUCUAACAGCGUGUACGGACUGAAUAUCCUAUAUAUGCCUGUUACACUGUAUCUGUUGUUGUUGGCGGAAGAUUUUCGUAGAAUUUGUAAAAAAAAGCGAUUAGAUAUGUAAAUUAAUCUAGGAACAGUAUAUAAUACCUUUAAAUGAUAUUGUUAUGAAAGAAGCAUGGUCUCCGAAACGAGUUUCAAAAAUCAACCUUGCGCAGUAUUACACAUUAAUAAAAUAUUAGAAAUCGAACAAAAAGCUUCUUUACUUGACCUUAAAGAAAUCAUGGUAGUACAUUAAAGAUGCAAAGUGUCAAGAAUGUGCAGUAUUACGUUAACAGAGAUUACAAUUCGACACGUUUUUUUGUCUUUUUAAUUUGACCCAUAAAGCCGUUGAAACCCAUGUUGUUAUGUACGUUAUGCUUUUUUUAACUACCUCACGCCGAUAAAACAUGAUAAUAAAUAAACAAUAUUCAUUUGAAACAAA